CUGCCCUUACUGAAUUUAGGAGUUAUGUGUACUGCAUGUGCUUCCAGCAAGCCAUAAAAAGCAUGACCUAUUGCCUUACUACCACCCAUAAACAUGAGUUUCUUCACCCUAAAAUCCUCUGCAGCUAGCUCAUGGGUGAGCUCAUGCUUGGUGAAAUUGGUAAGCCACUUCUGUCUUAAUACUGUUAAGCCUGCAAAUACGCCUCAUGCAAUACUGAAGCCAUAUUUUGAAGAUUUUGCAGGUAAGCUGAAAAACUGUCUUCAAGAGCAGGCGUGGGGGCUCCCUCAAGAGGUAGUUCAAACAUAGUGAGAAACACUUUUCAUGUGAAGAAGACAAUUAGARUUUGACCUGUUCAGUGGUCGGAAGAAGACACUUGCUUCAUCACUGUAGUUAGAGUAGAAACAUUGUAACUUCUCCUUCAAGUAUUGCUUAGUUAACACAGCCCAUGUGUGAAGUGGCCUGUUGUGAAAAGGCUCCAGUUGUAAGGUGUGGUAGGCUUAAUUUCUGCCUGUUUUCAUGUGUCAAAGACUGGCUCAUGCAAACUGACCAUUCCACUGAACACACGCAAAGUGUCCUAAACUGACAGGUCACUUAUUCUUCAGGUGUUUGUGAUUUCUGGUCUGUGUCACUGAUUCAGUGUGCCGCAGAAAGCAUAUGUUUGACUUGUAGCUUGUUGAAAAAGUGAGUAAAAUAGAAGUACAUCAGAGGACUGGCCCAAUGAAGAGUUACUUCCAAAUCUGAGGACCUUGUUAACAGGAAAUGUUUUGUUUGAGCAGUCCUGUAUAGGCUAUUCAAAAUGCUUUUAAGUGGAUUUUGGCAAAAGCAGAUGGACAGUCUUUCAGGUAAGGAGGUUCUGUAGAAGAUAGUAAUUUACAUUAGCUGGAAGCUGCUUAUCUUAAUUUUUUUUCCUAAUGACAGCAACAUGGCAAGUAAGUACGUCAUGAGUUCUUUGGGGCCAGCUUCUGAGUUUACAAAGAGCUGCAUGUAAAAUUGGACUGCUUGGGCAAGGUCACUGAGUGAUACCUUUGGAGAUUCAGCCCCUUUGCRGAGUACUGUGAUAAGUAAUUUUUUUCAUAAUUGCAAACCUGUGAUCUCAGAUAUUAUAUAUUUUGUAACUAUCAUCAGAGCUUGAAAAACUAUGAAGUGUCUCUCUGCUUCCCAAUUUUUGAGUUUUCAUGGGAGCUAAAAUUUGUUCCCAUGUAGACUCCAAAGGUGCAAGAAGUCUUUAUCCUACACACACCUGAGAUGCAAUUCCACCUGSAUUGGCACAACUCUCUCUCUCACAGUCCAGUUCCAGGAUGUCUCAGACCUGUAUCUGUUCCUGUAGCAGCUCUGUCCUUGGACACGUGUCUGAUUAGAAGCAGGAAGGGAAGGURUGACAGCCCUGCUGUGGCCACUAUAGCUUCUGUUCUCUGAAAUGGAGACAUGCACGUGGCGCUUCCUCCACGUGCAAGGAGAUGCUGGCAACAAAGGGGGAGCACACAGCCAGAGGCAGAACAAAACUCCUGUGGGCAAUGGUGCAGGGAUGAUGAUGCUUGUGUCAUUGUUUGGUGUCAUGGACUGGUGCUGCUGCACAUCAUCAGCACAAAGACCUGUAGUUCCAGCAGCCUUUGUGGGAUGCAGCAAGUUAGCUCCCUCAUCAGGCAUUUAAAUGUUUUGGCUGGCCGGAUGAGGGGUGUAGCAGAGCUCUAUCUGCACCCUUGUCUGUGUCUUUUGCUUGAAGCCCUGGAAGCAACCCAUGAAUCGUGACCAAGGAGGGGAAGAGAAGGAAAGAACUGGUUUUUAAUUUCAAUUUUACUAGAAUAAACCUGCAUCUCUUUUCAGGUAAAACAUCAAGAGGAGAAUAUUCUCAUCCUUCCUUAUGCAGCCAUGACAAUUAAAAUUAGUGCCAAGUAAAAUAAAGAAAAACUUACAUUUUUCAUGUGAAAAUCUGUCUUUACUAAUGUGCUGACUCACCCAAGAUGUCCAUAGAAGAAUAAUGGAAGCCCCUGAAUACCUUGAUUUGGAUGAAAUAGAUUUCAGUGAUGAUAUAUCGUAUUCUGUAACUUCUCUCAAGACCAUCCCAGAAUUAUGUAGAAGGUGUGAUUCACAAAAUGAAGACAGAUCAGUUUCCAGCAGCAGCUGGAACUGUGGAGUCUCAACUCUUCUUGGAAAUGCACAGAAACCAACAGGAAUUGCAGAUAUGUGCAAUAAAUUCAGACCAGUGAAGAGAGUUUCCCCAUUAAAGCACCAGCCRGAAAGCUCUGAGAACAAUGAAAGUGAUGACCAGAAGAACCAGAAGGGAGAAUACCAGAAAGGCAGUGAUUGUCAAUCUGCACCUCCAAAUGAUGACCAGAGUCCAGGAGAGGGAGAGAGCCUUAAAAACAAAAGCACCGAGCCUGCUGUUCUGCUUGGGGAGCUGGAGCACUAUGACCUGGAUAUGGAUGAAAUUUUGGAUGUGCCUUAUAUUAAAUCAAGUCAACAACCUGUUCCUUUUACAAAGGUAGCUCCUGAGAAAAAACUUUUGAGUGCAUGUUCAACAGUGAAUGGUCUAAGUGGCAAGACCUGUUCUGCAGGAAGCACAGAGAGCUCGCCUGCUGGCGGGACGCAGUUCUGUGUGCUGUCUCCUGUGAAAGGCGCUCAGCUGAGAAAAACGCAGCCCAUUGUCCUUGAUCAGCACAAGCAUUCAGCUGAAGAAUUAGAGCUUUCCCAGCCUUUAGUUAAGUGUGGCUCAGUCCAUGAAUCUGAAGCCCAAGGCAAGGGCUUCCUCAGCAGGACACUUGUUGAUCCUCAUGUUCACAAAGCUGAUAAGGCUAUGCCAAACUGCCACCGGAGGACUUUCCACCUGCAGACAGCAGUGGCAGAGAGCAAGCAGCUAGAGGAGCUGAGUAUGAACUGGAGCAGCACAGGGGGCCCAGAAGAGAGGAAUGAAGAAGUGAAAAAAAUUAAGAGCAUCUUGAACAUUGUAAAGGAAGGCCAAAUAUCUUUACUGCCACAUUUAGCAGCAGAUAAUCUGGAUAAAAUCCAUGAUGAAUGUGACAACAAUCUGUUGCAUGUAGCAGCAUCAAAGGGACAUGCAGAAUGCCUGCAGCAUCUCACUUCUUUGAUGGGUGAAGACUGUUUGAAUGAGCGAAACAUUGAGCAGCUAACUCCAGCUGGAUUAGCAAUAAAGAAUGGUCAGYUGGAGUGCGUUAGAUGGAUGGUGAGCGAAACAGAAGCCAUUGCGGAACUCAGUUGCUCAAAAGACCACCCAAGCCUUAUUCAUUACGCAGGUUGCUAUGGCCAGGAGAAAAUCCUUCUGUGGCUUCUUCAGUUCAUGCAAGAGCAAGGGAUUUCACUGGAUGAAGUUGACCAGGAUGGAAAUACUGCUGUUCACAUAGCUGCUCAGCAUGGCUAUCUAGGAUGCAUACAGACAUUGGUUGAAUAUGGAGCAAAUGUCACCAUGCAAAACCACGUGGGAGAGAAACCUUCACAAAGUGCGGAGCGACACGGGCACACCAUGUGCUCCCGCUACUUGGUAGUUGUGGAGACAUGUAUGUCACUGGCCUCUCAGGUUGUGAAGCUGACUAAGCAGCUGAAGGAGCAGACAGUGGAACGUGUGACAUUACAGAACCAACUCCAGCAGCUUUUAGAAGCCCAGCGGUCAGAGGGCAAGUCACUGCCCACGUCCCCAAGCUUGCCAUCAUCUCCCGCUUCUGGCAAACCCCAGUGGAAACCUUCUGAAGCAGAUGAAUUGUCUCCACCAAAAAGUAAAUUGAACACCCAAGAUGGGAUUCAGAUUCUUGGCAGCUUAGGAACUUCCAGUCGUGCUCGAGCUAAGAUAAAAGAUGAGGACUCAGAUAAAAUCUUGCGCCAGUUGUUGGGGAAGGAAAUCUCUGAAAAUGUCUGUAUGCAGGAAAAGCUGACUUUGGAAUUUCAGGAUGCUCAUGCAUCCUCCAAGAAYGUGAAGAAGAUUUUGCCAGAGAAAAGGGAGUUGAAGUUGGCUCGACUGAGGCAACUGAUGCAGAGAUCUCUCAGCGAAUCUGAUACAGAUUCAGCUAAUUCUGAGGACCACAAGAACACCUCUGUGAAAAGAACUGACAAACCAAGACCUCAGCCUAUAGUGGAGAGUGUUGAGAGUACAGAGAGUUUGAACAUGAUGCUUAAGAAGCACACUUCCACCGCAGGACGGCGCUUCCCUUUUGGUAUCAGGGUCUCUAAGUCUGUGGAUGGCCACAGUCCUUCCCCUACUUCGGAGAGCAGCGACCCAGAUAACGAAGCCCCAUAUCAGACCAGUGGUACCGUGCCUCAGAACCAGUUUAGUGGAGACAACUCUCCAUCUGGCACAGACAGUGCCAUUGCACAGAAGGUUGCCACCAGCCCUAAGAGCGCUCUCAAGUCUCCAUCUUCAAAGCGCAGAACCUCUCAAAAUUUGAAACUUCGAGUAACUUUCGAGGAGCCUGUGGUGCAGGUGGAACUAGCAGAGUCAGAACUGAAUGAGGAAAAAGAUAAAGACCGGAGCAAAGCACUCACACGGGCUCCGGCCAGCUCUGGGGAGCAUGCAGGGGAUCAGCUGAAAAGGCCUUUUGGAACCUUUCGGUCCAUAAUGGAGACACUGAGUGGCAACCAAAAUAACAACAACAACUGUCAAACAGSAAACCUCAUCAAAACCUCCUCAACGCUGCCUUUUACCUCAUUAGGAAGGAAGACAACAGAAAGCAAGGGAAAUCCAGCAGUUGUCUCAAAAGGAAGAAACAAACCAGGCCCCAAACCCUGCACAUGGUACACUCUGAUGUCAUGCCUAUUAGAGAAAUGUGGAUUCUGUGAUCUUCAGCUGGCUGAUGCGUGCCUACUCUGCGUAUUGGUAGCUGUGAAAUCCAGGUGCUGUAACUCUUUCUGUUUAGUUAAUAAUCCUCCAAGUAUGUCCCUUCUGGCAUGAGUCUAAGUCAGGCUUCUGUCAGCAAAGCAUGAGCAUUUCCCAGAGGCAGAAGAGAUGAUCAGGAAAUUUCCACCAAACAUCUUCAGAAAAUAUCACUUACCCAAGGCCUUGAACAGGAACACAAACCCCUUGGUUUCAUCUCCUGUAUAAAAGAUCCUCCAUCCAACCACAAAUUUUGGUUCAAAGAAGUCAGUAUUUUGCCAAUGUGUGUCCUAGUAAAACUGUAUUUGUGGUCACCCCAAAGAAAAACUUUUUGUGAUCUGUCACCGAGAUCUCAGAAUAAGUCUUCUCUGUGUAUGCUCUGCAGUUCUGUCCCAAAGGUGAUAAACAGGGUGCCAGAGAGCAGUAAUGAAUUCCCAAUUUCAGGUAAUCUCUGACUCUCCUUUUUUGAAAAAUGAAAAUCAUUUGCUAAGAGCCUUGUGGUUUUUUCGAGGUUGACUUGUUUCUGGUAUUUGAGCAUAUGGAUACAAGUGCAGCAUCAAAGCUUCAAAAUGGUGCUGUAAUUUCACCAGCAGAACAAUGGUCUAUGCUUUGUCCUGCAUCAGUAGAGCAACAUUUUCAUAAUUAUUUAUUUGCUUUUCAGUCUCCAAAUUAGAGGUCAAAUACAUUGGUUAAGAAAGGUACUAAUGGAUAAAAUAACUUUAGUCAGCCGAAUUGUUGUGUGAAGAGGAUCAAAGAGACUAGUUAGACAAACUGUUUAGAUUUCAUAUUCAUUUCACUGUAGCUGUCAUUCAGAAACCUUUUUGUAACAUCAAGCUGGCAUAAGAUCAAUGGCAUAACAAAAUGUGAUUGGCAGUGUAACAGUAAAAAAAGGAUACUCCCAACAUCUACUUAUUUAUAACAAAAUGGUAACUGUCUCUGUCAUGCUUUCUGAGAGCUGAUUUGUUGCAUGUUUCAUCACCUACCAUCACAAGCAAUGUCAGAAUAUGGUCAGGCAACACAGUCAAAAGUAAAGUAAAAAUGUCAGCACAUCAUAUGCCAGGAAUUAAUUAAUAAAUUAGUAAAUGUAUCUCAAGGUGAGACAACUUUGUCUCCAUGUAGACCAAGAUUCACAUCCUCAUACCCUUGAAAUAUUUCUUAGCCUUUUAAAAACCUACGUGGUGGAAAAGCAACAGAAAGAUUUGUUUAAAAUGUAAACCCUGCAUUUGCAGCAUCAAACUGCAAGGCUUAAUUGUCUGUCRUGAAAUGGUCUUUCAAUGACAUUGUAGGAAUAAUUUCUCAAAAUACAUUUAAUUUCCUGUCUUUCCAACUGUACACCAGCUGUGCCCAAGUAGUUAGCUUUUGUAUAACCUUGUUUGUGUCCAUUUUGAGCAUACAGUUGUAAAGGAGAAGAAAGUGCAGCACAUGCGCUGCAAUCAGAAUGUCUUUCAGACACAGAACCUUGCGGAGCACUGCAGGUCCCAGUGUAAAAGCCCCAGUAGUGGAUUCAUCCUCUGUGUCUGUAGAACAUCACUGCCCUAUCACCUUCUUGCUUACACCAGGCACACUACUGACUAUUUGCACCCAUCUCUUGUUCAUUAUAAUGGCCACUCAAUAUUAACUUUGAUCCAAGUGUCAGCGUUCAGGCAGGGGAAGCCAGAGAGGUUCUUAAUAUGCCACACAACCUCUCCCAAGUAAAGAAGGGUGCUAUGUACACAGCACCAACCACCCAUCCUCUUUGCACACAUUUAAUUAUGCCAGAUUUACAGAUACCCCAUAUUUUGUAACAUGAACUGCUUUUUUCUAACAUGCAUGGUCAGCCAUAAAUAAUAGCUCUAGCCAUCUGUUUCCUGAAGAACAUUUCUUUGACAUCUGCAGAGUCACUUCCUUUCCCACUCUAACUGUUAGGUGUUUUGCCAGUSUGCUUACUGGCAAGCAGUGUACAGGAAGAAGGAAAAUAAUUAUUCAGGGUAUAUUUGGGAAACUGAUAAGAAAUCCUGACACUGUUAGAACACAGAGCUGGCUUUUUAUCUUUGUUUUCAGAAGGCAAUACUGCUCCAAGAAAAGAAAAUAAAAUCAUGUGGGUCCGGAAGUGAAUGGAAAAGGGAGGAAUUAAUUCCUGAAAGGAAUUAGCCCUCUUUCCUGUACAGACAUGAAYGUAACCUUGCAUGCAGAUAGGGUAUGGAAAAACUGCAGCAUAGGGACCAAUUCAGGGGUUUUGCAGUUCAAAAGGCUGUGGCCUGACCAUAUACCUGUGUGUCUGCAUACGCAUGGAGAUGUCAAAGAUAAGACAGCAGUCUCUGUACACAGCUACAAGGGUGGAUGGAAAUAAUGAUGCCCCUCCUUGUUGGUCUGCACAUUGCUGACUAGGGGUAGAGCAAGAAGCAGUGCAGACAGAACUGUAGCAAAGGGGAUAGGGGUUAUGUGUUAGCAAAACUUUCCACAAAUAAUGAUAGUGCUGGAAACAAUAGAGGGGGAAGUUGGGAGAGAGUCAUAAUUGAAGGAUUUUAAGAACAGGUGGGAGAAGCAACUGUCAGAAAUGACAUGCCAGCAACAACCAUCAGAAAUGCCAUGAGGCAGGCAGCUGGUCUUGGAUGACCUCCUGAGAUCCCUUUCAGGCAAUUCUCCUUUAAUGAGUCUGUGAUUCAAUUGUGACAGAAUCAGUUUAAAAGAGAAAACUGUGAGGUCUUUACACMCUGUGCCUUUUACAACACUGUCAAGACAACCAACAGCUCUGCCUAGUGGUCUGUGAUAUCGGAUUUAUUUUCUGAGAACACUGGUCAAAUAAGAUCCACAUAGAGGUUUGCCAAGGAAUCAAAUAAGUGAUUUAAUUUUAAGCGUUCUUGAAAAUGUCUACCCGAAUGUGACGGCUUUUAAAAUAUGUGUCUGGUUUCUUAAGAAACCAGAUAAAAUCCUUUUGUUCAAUUCAAUGCCAGUUUUUACUGGGAAUCAGGCGUGAUCAGCAAAGGCUUUUUAUGGGAUUCUCAGGUUUCACUGUGCAUGCAGUGGCACAGAGGAAAAGAGAGCCAGCAGUGUCUUCUUGUGGCCGUGGAGGCCAAUGGAAUCCUGGGGUGUGUUAGGAAGAUCACUGGCAGGAGGUAGAGGAAAGUGAUCCUGCCUGUCUGCUCAGCCCUGGUUGCUGUGUCUGGUUCUGAGCUCCUUAGCACAMGAGAGACUGGGAGCACCUGGAGUGAGUCCAGGAGAGGGCUGCAGGAGGGAACAGAAGSCCCUCGCGCAUGAGGAAAGGCUGAGGGAGCUGUUUAUCCUGGAGGAGACACAACAGAGAGGGGCUCUUAUCAAUGUCUGUAAGCAUCUGAAGGAAAGGGUGUCUAGAGGAUGGAUCAGGCUCUGCUCUCUGGUGCCAAGAAAUAGUACAAGGGACACUGGGCAAGAACUGGAACACGGGAAGUUYCACCUGAACAUCUUUAUAUGGAAUAUCUUUACCAUGAGGAUGACYGACACUGGAACAGGGCACUCAGAGAGGAUGUGGAGUCUCCUCUGUGGCGAUGCUCAAAACAUGUCUGAGCACAAUCCUGAGUCAAGUGCUCUGGGCACCCCUGCUUGAGCAGGGAGCUUGGACUAGCUGACCUUUAGAGUUCCCUUCCAGACCUAAACAUGCUCUGAUUCUGUGAUCACUUUCUGAGGGUAAUUGAAGAGUCUAGCUUUAAUUAAAGGGAAGAAUCACAAAUAGCAACUAAAGAUGCGUAUWUUGGGGAAGAGAAAUUGCCUUUGCCCAAGUGAGUUAAUAGAGCAAGUAUGGAAUGAGGGAAUGGUGAUCCUGGAAGUGAUYCUGUCCUGUACUCAGCAUUCUUAGUGCCCUUCUCUGCUGUUCRAACGUGGAUUCUGUCAUUUCCUUGCUGGACCUGUGCGUAAAAAACCACCUUAGAUAUACCAACAAGAUGUGCCUCCUUCUGGCAGCACAAGAAAAAGUUUUGCCUUUCAGUGAUAAACUUCAGUUCUUUGGCAUUAAAAGGCUGCAUUGGUGAAGGGCUCUUUAAAGGCAGCCUUGCUGCUGAUAAUGGUAUGUUCUGGGAGGAAAAGAAGACAGAAGAGUUCCAUCUUCAGCAGUAGCUGGUUCCAAAAGUACUCAGAGCUCUCACUGAGCAAUAGCCACUAUGGUUUGCCCUGCCCUAACACCUGCAAAGUGGCAGCAGUGCUGGUGCCCCACAAACUGCCUGCUUUAUUAACAAUGGGAGCAAGGUCUGUGCAGAAAAGAGCUGCACUAGGAAAACCCAUGUGUAAAACACUUGGGGAAGCACCGUUUUUCUGUUUUUCAGAGGGUAUUUUUUGUAAGAUGCCAUUGGGUGAAAUUUGCUACAGGUACUGCUUGCACUCCAGGGCAUCUGUUCCGCAGUGCUCACUGUUUCCUGCUGGUGUCAGGGGCUGAUUCACUGAUGUUGCUCAAGAAGGGCAACACACAAUAAUGCUGAUUAGAUCUGUGUUAUUCCAGGGCCUUUAUUUCCCAAGUAAAUAAGUAAAUAAAUCAGACAAGUUCUUUUGUUUCCUGCAGCAUGACAUCUGACAGUUCACCUAGAGGAGAUAAUAAACUUCCUCUUCCCAUGAAGAUUUGCAUCCUAAAAACAUGGUUGAGGCAUCUCCAUUUGUGUGAACUGCUUUCUGAGACACUUGAUAAUGAGAAAAUCCUUUGUUCACCCCGUACAGAUGAUGUWACAGAUCACAUGGUAGAUGUGUACUCGAAUUUCCUAAAAUCUUAACAGAAGAAAGAAAUAUCCUCAAAAUCUAUAGCCUAUUUCUGGAUCCACUGGGAAUGCAUUUUACAUGCUUUAAAAUAGUACAAGCAGCACUGUGAGUGAAGUGCUGACUGGUCUCACYUAAAAGUCUCUUGGUCCCACUCACUGCCAUGAAUGUGUUUGUUCCUGGGCAUACAUUCCUAAUGGCUUUUCUGAAGCUGUUUUCCCUCCAGAGUAUGAAGUAGUCAGAAAACAGCCAAACAUAUUCAUGAGCCACUCAAAUUCUGUGGYGGAAAAUUGCCAUCCAGUGACAUCCAGUGUUAGCACUGAGGAUAAUUUUUACCAGUUUUCAGUAGAAUAGUGGUGGGUUUCAUAAACAUUAUGGUGCUGGAAGUAAGUGCUUCAAAGCAUUAAAAGAAAUUAAGAAAGAAGAUUACUACUAAGAAUCCUCUUGUAGAUAUUCACAUUGAAAGCCUUAGCUGUCUUUAUAUGAACAGGCUAAGCAAAUGCUGAAACUGACCGCAGUAAAAGAAACAGGGAGAAAAUCUGUUUUAUGCUGUAGCAAUAAAAAGGGGCAUUCUCAUAGUUUGCUUUUUAUUAUGCUUAUAAAACAAACAUUAAAUAGGUACAUAUUUCAUUAGGCAGUGAUAAAUAGACAAAGUAUUCAUCUGGGCAUCAAAUGCAUAUGUAUGUUCCAAUUAUUUUGAGUUUGUAUUUUUGAAAGUCCUCUGCUGGAAAAGUGAGCACAUUCUUCUGGAAUUUCUGGUUUUGUUGAGUAAAGAAACUUGCCACAUGACAAAUAGUAGACAUCUAUGGGCAGCUGUUUCAAUGCCUAUUUCAGCCUUUCCCCUGAAAGACAGGAGAGAUUUGUACUUCCAGAAGAAUUUCUAGACCAAAAUCUGUGUGUUUAAUCUGUCUGUUAUCUGCUCUGAAUAGUCUUUAAAACAAAGACCAGACUGUAUCCAGCAGAGACUGGGAAAAAGUGAGUUUGGUGUAGGGUAAAACCAAAGCAGCUAAGCCACUUCGAGAUUUUCCUUGCUGACUCUUAGAGAAGUGGUUGACAGUCAAGAAACCACUUCAUGCUCCUGCUGUAUCCUCACCUCUUCUGAAGCUGCUGGAAGUCACCAUCUUUAGGACUAUUAAGUCAGGUAGUGGAAAGGGUGAAUUUGUUUGGAAAGUAAAGGGAGUACAAGAUUCCACAAACAGGAGAAAUCCAUUUCUACAGAAACUGAUUUUUCAUUUCUACCCUUGUCUUCUAAAUAUGUGAGUGAACGGGGAUAGAUAUGUGUUCUUUUCUAUGUACAUAAGUAUUCUUUUUCACGUGUAUAUGUAUUCUUUUAUAUGUAUUUUAUAUGUAGAUGUUUAGAUAAACAUCAGAAGAAUUUAAGAUGUCACACAGGUAUAAAACAAAAUAAAG